AUGGGCAGCAGCGCAAAAGUUGAGUAUUUUGCGACCAGCGAUGGGCGACGAGAGGUGCGCUGCAUCAUCGGCGCUGCAGCCCUGCCAGACACUGGAAAUGCCAUACCGCCGCACAUAACCCCCCCGCCCACGCCUGCUGCUUCAUCUCCACCACCGCCGUCCCCGUCUCGCCCGCCUGUCCUUCACCUGCCAUCCGCGCCAGUACCCCGCUGA